AUGGCUUCACCGGAAGGAGACAGCAAUACUGGAGCGACGGCUUCCGAGUCUCAACCACAAGGCGACGGUCAGCGCAACAGAGGACGAGGCCGAGGAAAGGGUAAUCAGAACCGACGAGGCGGCCAACGGCGUGGCCGUGGUGGUAACAACGCCAGCGUGCCCAAUGUUCCCGCAAACCCGGCUGCUCAAGAUGUCGCAGCUGCAGCUUCCAGAGCUCACGCCAUGGCUGCAGGCAAAGCCGCUGAAGCCGCCGAGGAUGAUGAGGUGUGCUUUAUCUGCGCGAACCCAGUCGCUCACCACUCUAUCGCGCCUUGUAACCAUACAACAUGCCAUAUUUGCGGUUUACGCAUGAGAGCACUUUAUAAGACAAAGGACUGCGCUCACUGCCGUACCCCAGCUGCCUAUGUCAUCUUUACCGACGACCCCGAGAAACGUUUCGAGGAUUACUCAGAAAAGGAUAUCACAACCACCGACAGCAACAUCGGAAUCAAGUACACAAAAGAGGAUAUUGUGGGCGAUACAGUUCUCCUCCUGCGAUAUAACUGCCCCGACGCAUCGUGCGAUUUCGCUGGCCUCGGCUGGCCUGACUUGCACCGCCAUGUCAAGUCCGCUCACCGCAAGCGCAUGUGCGAUCUAUGCACUCGUAACAAGAGGGUAUUCACACAUGAGCAUGAGCUAUUUGCGGAUAAGGAACUGGAGAAGCACAUGCGUCAUGGAGACGAUAAGCCCGGCGCGGCUGACCAAACAGGCUUCAAGGGUCACCCUCUAUGUGGGUUCUGUGGAGAGCGGUUUUACGACGACGACAAGCUGCGAGACUCACGACACCCCCAUUACUACCUCGACUACAAUGCACUCGAAGAGCAUUUCAAGAAGGAUCAUUACCUCUGCAGUGACCGAGAAUGUUUGGAGAAGAAGUUUGUAGUCUUUGAGUCGGAACUGGACUUACAGGCUCACCAAUUGAGUGAUCAUGGUGGCAAGGCAACAGGCAGAGACGCACGAGUAGUCAACAUCUCAGGAUUCGACAUUCGGACGCCAUAUCAGCAGGAGAGAGGCGGAGGCGGUAGUGGGAGAGAAGAAGGACGACGGGGAGGCAGAGAUGGGCGAAGAGGAGGAAACAGAGGCCGCGACCCUAAUAUGGAACCGGUUCCUGCGAGCUCCGCCCAGCCAUUGCGACGAGAUGAGAUUGCCUUCCAGCGACAAAUGGCCAUCCAUUCUGCGCAAUCUGUGUCCAAUCGCACAUUCGGCGGUGCACUCUCUGCGCCUUCACCCACACCCGCUCAAGCCUCGUCACAAUCUCGUGGUGGAAGCUCAUCAAACACUCCUCGGGCCAGUCAGGCAAACCUUGCUAAUCCCAUCGAAUCUGCUACUGUUCCGGAUCCUGCCAACCUCAGCCCCGAGGAGCGUGCCAGACUUGUUCGCCACGGUGCUGUAGUCGAACGAGCAUCAAACCUUCUCGGCAACGAUGCGCAGCGCAUGGCAACAUUCCGAAACCACAUCUCUACAUAUCGCCAAGGCGGACUUACUGCACCUCAACUUAUCGAUGCUUUCUUCACUCUCUUCGCCGAUACUUCCUCAAACGCUCUGGGUACAAUGGUCCGAGAGGUUGCGGAUCUCUAUGAGGACAAGAACAAGGCCGAUGCUCUUCGAAAAGCCUGGCAGGACUGGCGUGCCAUCAACGAAGACUACCCCAGUCUGCCUGGACUAAGUGGUAUGCAUGGCGCAACCUCGAGUUCAAGUGGUUGGGCCAAUGCAGCAUCUGCCAACCCAGCAGUUCCUAAUGCAACGGCGACACAAAAGUACUCAAACCGUGUCUUGAAGCUCAAGAACAGCACAAGACUCGGUGGCCCUGCACCUGUGUCCUCUAGCGGAGCUUCAUCGUGGGCCUCUCGUCCAGCUGUCAGUGCUCCCCCAUCAUCCUCCAACGCAUUCCCGUCUCUUCCCUCGGCUGGUAACUCCUCAUCCUCUGCCUCUCGCUCCAACUGGACGACCCCCACUCCUUCGUCCUCACAAUCCACAACCCUCAACCGUCCCCGUCCUGCUCCUCGUCCUACUGGCGAGGAUGCUUUCCCAGCUCUUCCCACAGCGCCAAAGCCUACCACUACAAUCUUUGGUUAUGGAAACGGCCGGGCCGUGCGUCGCGACUAUGGAAGUCGUGAAACGGGUUUCCAAUGGGGUGGCAGCGGCUCAAAUACACCAGCUGGUGAAGAGCCGGCCGAGGAUGGCGAGGCUGGUGGCAAGAAAAAGGGCGGUAAGAAGGGCAAGAAGGUACUUGUGCAAUGGGGCUAA